AUGCCGGAGCGCAAGCCCUCCUCGCAGAAUCAGGAGCGGAUGAUCCGCCGACGCCUUCGCAAAUUCAAUGUGACCGAGCAACGCCAAAGUGUAACUGGUGCUAUCACCACAAUCUUCCUUGCGAAUACACACGCAAUCAAGAUCAGCACAAGGACCGAAAACCCAGCACUGCGACUUACCAGCCCUGUCCCCUCACCACUGCCUCCACCAGCAGAAAGCUCGGAUGAAAAGCUUCACUUGCCCGGACUGGCACUGGGCAAUAUCUGCGUGUUCAAUGGACUGCCAUUCUUCUCUCCGGGCGGUAGAGAGUGGAUCAGAAAGCAAACGGGCGAGGAUGUGAGCUUGAAUCAGUAUAAUCCUCCUCGGUCAAGCUGGUGGCUCCGCCCAGCGACUGCCCCCGCUGUCGCCUUGCCCAGCGAAGAACAUCUUAAGGAGCUUCUAGAAGCAUAUGAAUCAUCCCCCCUUGCCCACAUUUUCCCUUUCAUAUACCCGCCUCUGUUUCGUGAUACUGUUCGCAAGGCGUACCGUGAACAACGCUCUGGGAAUUACAGUAAUGCUGAUGCGAUGGCCUGCAUUUUUGCGUUCAUUGCGGUCUCUUCUAUAUGCUUUUUCGCAAGGGAUCCAAGUGAUAAUAUGAUCAACUACGCAUCCGCAAGUUACGACAUGCUACCAAGCCUCUGCAGGGGCUCGAUAACAGUGGACGGACUGCAAGCAUUGCUAUUACUGAGCUUUUAUUCCCAAGCUGUGGUUGGGGAUAUACUGAGCACGGAGCUACUGGUAUCGACUGCACAACGAUUCGUAUUUCACCUUGGUGGCCACAUAUCUCCCGGAAGCCGCGAUAACGCAUCUAAGGGACCUCCAGGUGUGCGCUUGCACGUCAGAAAUCUUUUCUGGAUCUGCUACGUUUUCAAUCAAGAGCUCAGCCUUCGUACCGGCCUGCCUCCUAACUUGACCGAUGUGAAUUGUGACUUGACCCUUCCCGAAGCGCCUAGGUCGGAGCCUCAGGGUCUGACCUCGUCUGAAAAUUCUGGGUGUUCACCAAUACUCUUCCAAUUUGCCCAAUUAGCGACCAUUCAAUCACAGAUAUAUCGCAGACUCUAUUCUGUCACAGCGCUCAGUCAAACCGAUGCUGAACUUCUCUGCACUAUCCGUGAUCUUGAUGAGCUUCUAGACGACUGGAAGCAUUCCAUUCCUUCUCAGAGCAGGCCGUCCUUCAAACACCGACGGCCCGAAGUGGAAGAUAUUACAUCAUCGAUACUACAAGUACAGUAUCAUUAUUGUAUGGUGACAAUCCAUCAAGCAAGCGGGCGAUGCAUUUCGUGGACCCAGAAUACACGCGGCCCCGGAUCCAGCUUGGCUAUCAAUGUACAGGCGAGUCGGUCUCUGUUGCAGAAGUUCUCGCAUUUCGAACUAAGAAUCAAUCGCUAUAACCUUUUAUUCUGUCUUCCGUAUCUAGCCGCUGCAAUGAUCCACUUGUUCUGUGACAUUCUGCUCCAUCCACUUGACCCGGUCUGUCACAGUGACUUGGCACUCAUGGAUACCGUUCGGGAUCAUAUGAUGGCGCAGCUAUGGUCACAGGCCCCCACUGCCUUCCGCAUGCAAGUUCACUUCGUGAAAGAUCUAAGCUGUGAGAUACAACGACUUGCACGGAGUGCAAUCUACAGGGCUGGAGGAUAA